CACCAAAGCCAAGAAGAAGGCGGUCGAAGGCAAGAAGCCUGUAGCUAAAGGUGCGAACGAAAACAAGGAACCUACGGUUACCAUGUCCUCUCCCGAGGAAGAGGUCGCCAUGGAAACCCAGAGCAGCAACGGCGUCGUCUCGACCAACGAGAUCACAGCUGAACCCAAACCAGUUCUAACUGAGGUCACACAACAGGGUAGUGGUGUCAUUACAGCGGUCAAUGAAACCAUGAUGACCGUGACCGCAACAGAACCAAGUCAAGUCAACAUGGAACCUGUUGACCCGAUGACAACCAACAACGGCCAAAGCCAAAACGUUGCUGUCAUAGCCGCUAAACGGGAUUGCAAGAAUGGAGAAACCAUAGCAACCGCUACCAAUCACGCUGUUACCAACAAUGUUGACGUUAAUGAUGUCAUCAAUCCCGUCGACUCUGACAGUGUUGCUGCUUCUGUACCAGCACAAACACCGGUAACUUCAGCCUCUGUCCCCGUAGCUCUCCCGGUGUCGGUAAAAGGUGAAGACAAACCGUUAGACUUCCCAACGGUAACUCAGGAGAUCCUCAAGGCCCUGGAGGCAGCAGUGCACCAACACCGCAUGGAGAGACUAGCUGAGGAACAAGGACAGAACCAGACACAGGACCAGGGAGAGGGGUGCCAGGCCAAGCCUCUAUCCGACAAGAAGAGCCCCGUAGCUGGGGAGAAGGGGGAGACCAAGACCCCGGCUGGAGAACUGAACCAGGCCCCAGCUCAACCAGAGAAGAAGACCGUGACGCCAACGCAGACUCAAAAAGAGGAGAAAAAUAGACCUGCGGUUUUCGACAAGAAAAAAAAGCCACAACCUGUGAAGUCACAGACAGAUAAAAAGCCUCCAACCACACCAGCUAAGAAGACCACAACACAGACAGAAGGAGCAAAGAAACCACCUUCAGGCUCUGGACAACCAGAGAAGAACCAGGGGAAGUCCGAAGGCUAUGGAGGAAGAGGCCGGCGCGGGGACCAUUCUUCCCCAGAAAGGAUAGACUCUUCCAGGCAUAGAAGCAGGCGGGCGGCCUCCGAGGAAGAGCAGGGUCCUCCGACGUCGAGACACGGCAACUCCUCUAGCUCCUCUUCUGGCUUCCGCAGGAACAGCAGACGGGACGGCAGCCCCGCCAAGAAGAAGGGGAGGAGAGGGGAGGAGGGGAGGCGCAAAGUAAGAGGAGGAGGGUAGGGGGAGGAGCAGAGAGGAACAAAGUAGGAGAAGGAGGGUAGGGGGAGGAGCAGAGAGGAACAAAGUAGGAGAAGGAGGGUAGGGGGAGGAGCAGAGAGGAACAAAGUAGGAGAAGGAGGGUAGGGGGAGGAGCAGAGAGGAACAAAGUAGGAGAAGGAGGGUAGGGGGAGGAGCAGAGAGGAACAAAGUAAGAGGAGGAGGGUAGGGGGAGGAGCAGAGAGGAACAAAGUAGGAGAAGGAGAAAUCAGGAGUGAUGGUGGAUGUAUUUUUUAUAUUCAGAUUAUAUCCUUAAGUGCAGGUAUUGUUAAAAGUCUAAAUGAGGUGUUGACAUGAUUUCUUUCUAUUGCUGAGAUGUAAUGUUUCUGUUUGUCCCACAGAGCCACAGCAGUAAAACGAACCAGUCCUCUAGGAGUGAGUCUAGAUAUAAGGACGCUCCAGAGAGAAAGGUGAGCAUAAGAUUUAUAAAAAUACACCAUUCAAAUAGUAAUGUACAGAGUCCAAACGACUGCAAUCUGUUGUAGCAAGCUGUUGGAUUUGGUUUUCAUUUACGCAUUGCUCUCUUACAUACAUCUGAUUCAAACUACAGCACUUCUGUUGAACUUGGCGGAAUAACGAUCGAUUGAUUAAUUCAAUGGAUUCACCAUCCUCUCAUACCACAGGGUACCGGCUACGUGGCGGAUGAGUUCACGUCUGACGUCGUCCCAGGUGAAGCCAACCCCUUCGACCUGGACCAGUUCAACACGGAUGAGUUUGUCACCGUGGACGAGGUGGAAGGGGACGAGGCUGACAACACCAUCCCACCAGAGCCAUCAUCUCCAUCACACAAGACCCAAGGUAGGGCCUCGGAAAGGUCGGAACGAUCGUCCAAACGCAAGAGGGGUACCCCAGAUACCCCAACUUCUACUAGGAAAUGUAGCCGGGAGCAGGAGAAAGAGACACCUCCAUCCAAAAGCACUCCCACCCCCUCCUCUUCUACCUCUACCCCCCCUGGCCAGAAGACUCCACGAAAAGACGCAGCAGCCGCCAAAAUAACGCAUGCGGCGAAACCUCAACCAACUGCCACCUCUGGACGCAAGACCAGGUCAUCAGCCGCUUCUGCUGUUGUAGCAACCGAAGCCGCAGAAACCCAGGAAACUGUCGGCAACGAUGACGCCACAGUCGAGGUGGAGGCGGAGCCUGUUCCCGUGGAGCUUCUGUCUCAGCCAAUGGCCGAAGCAUCCGCUGCUCAGUCGGUAGAGAAAGUAGUGGUCACAAAGGGAAGUGACACAGAGGGUGCAUUACCGUCAUCUGGCCACAAGGUGUCAGUGUUGGAAAUUGCAGUGCCAGCGAACAAGGAAGGGGAAAGUGCUGGGUCAGAGAGCGAUAUGGAGACUACAGCUGAAAAACCUCCAGAGGUAGACGGGAGCGAGGAGAAGGCCCAGGCUGAAAAAGGUGCCUCAAUUCUGGGUACCGAGGCUCAGAAUGGAGCCUGUCCACUGGAGCUUGUUCGGACUGCUCCGUCUGCCCCAGCCAAGGAGCAAGACCUUCAUAAGACCCUAGAACUACAAGAGGGGGAGACAGUGUCCGGUCACCAGGUGCCCCAAUCACUUGUUGACAAAGUACCCGAAGAAGAAAAUGGCGGUUUCCAGAUACUCGACGAAACCGUGGAUGACAGAGAAGAGUACAGCCAAGACACUCAAGAACAGUCUGGAUCUCUAUCUCUGGGUUACCAGGCGACUGCAGCCUCCGAAUCUACGGGUUCCCAGGAGCUCCAAACUACUCUAGAGGAACGCCAAGACAUAUCCGAAGACGAAGAAGAAUCUGCUUUCCACAUACUGGACUCUGUAGAAGACACUGAAGACCGAAGAGAUUCUCUACCCAGAGAGAUGGAUACGAAGGAAGCUCUGGACAACCAUACUACUGAAUCUAAGGGUACCUCAAAACCCCAAAAAGAGGGUUACAAAACGGGUAAGGGUAAUAUGACACUUCAAAAGAAGGAUGGUAAGAAGAUACCCCAAACCCAUGAAAAGGUACAGACCCCCACAGUGGAGACAGAGUGGGGUACCCACAAAAAGACUAACCUUGUCACCUUGGAUGAGGUGAGUGAGGAAGAGGAGAAUUACCCUGACGACGCUGCCGAAGAGGAAGAGCUGAUGAAGAAACAGAAACUAGUGAAGGAGAAACAGCGAGAGAGGGAACGGGAGAAGGAGAGAGGGAAGGAGAGAAGGAGGAGUAGAGAGCGGGAGAGGAGCAAGGAGAGGUGGAGGGAGAGGGAGAGGGGGAGGGAGAGGGUCGGUGCGGAUACGGAAGGGUUGGUGACUCUGGACGAAAUUGGAGGAGAGGGGGAUGAGGGAGGAGAGGAGGGAGCGAGGGAUCGGGAGAGCGGAAUAACUGAGGCAGACCUUCAAGCAUUGGUCACUCUGGAUGAGAUCGUUGGCGAGGAAGGAGGGGAGGGGCCUAGCCCGGAGGCACACCCCUUCAGCCAGGAGGACGAAUCAGGAAACUCCUUCAACCCAGAGGUCAGGAAACAUCUACUGCUUUCUUUUUGUCUGCUUGGAUCUCGAUCUAUCUAUCUCUCUCACUCACUCUCUCUCUCCCUCUCUCUCUCUCUCUCUCUCUCACACAAACAUGCACUACAUCCACAUCCUUCAACCUCUCUCCUAUCAGACUCUGGUCAUCCUGGAUGAGGCUGGAGGUGAUGAUGAGAUGGAGGAAGAGCAGCCCCAGACGUUUCCUGAACCAGCACAGACCCAGCACACUGACAACACAGGUACAGGUGUCUGUUAGAACAGAGUGACUGUGUGUCUGUUAGAACAGAGUGACUGUGUCUGUUAGAACAGAGUGAAUGUGUGUCUGUUAGAACAGAGUGACUGUGUGUCUGUUAGAACAGAGUGACUGUGUCUGUUAGAACAGAGUGAAUGUGUGUCUGUUAGAACAGAGUGACUGUGUGUCUGUUAAAACAGAGUGACUGUGUCUGUUAGAACAGAGUGACUGUGUGUCUGUUAGAACAGAGUGACGGUGUGUCUGUUAGAACAGAGUGACUGUGUCUGUUAGAACAGAGUGACUGUGUCUGUUAGAACAGAGUGACUGUGUGUCUGUUAGAACAGAGUGACUGUGUGUCUGUUAGAACAGAGUGACUGUGUCUGUUAGAACAGAGUGACUGUGUCUGUUAGAACAGAGUGACUGUGUAUGUUAGAACAGAGUGACUAUGUGUGUCUGUUAGAACAGAGUGACUGUGUGUCUGUUAGAACAGAGUGAGUGUGUCUGUAAGAACAGAGUGACUGUGUGUCUGUUAGAACAGAGUGACUGUGUGUGUCUUAGAACAGAGUGACUGUGUGUGUCUGUUAGAACAGAGUGACUGUGUGUCUGUUAGAACAGAGUGACUGUGUGUGUCUUAGAACAGAGUGACUGUGUGUGUCUGUUAGAACAGAGUGACUGUGUGUCUGUUAGAACAGAGUGACUGUGUCUGUUAGAACAGAGUGACUGUGUGUCUGUUAGAACAGAGUGACUGUAUGUCUGUUAGAACAGAGUGACUGUGUGUCUGUUAGAACAGAGUGACUGUGUGUGUGUCAGAACAGAGUGACUGUGUGUGUCGGAACAGAGUGACUGUGUCUGUUAGAACAGAGUGACUGUGUGUCUGUUAGGACAGAGUGACUGUAUGUCUGUUAGAACAGAGUGACUAUGUGUCUGUUAGAACAGAGUGACUGUGUGUCUGUUAGAACAGAGUGACUGUGUGUCUGUUAGAACAGAGUGACUUUGUGUCUGUUAGAACAGAGUGACUGUGUCUGUUAGAACAGAGUGACUGUAUGUUAGAACAUAGUGACUAUGUGUGUCUGUUAGAACAGAGUGACUGUAUGUCUGUUAGAACAGAGUGAGUGUGUCUGUAAGAACAGAGUGAAUGUGUGUCUGUUAGAACAGAGUGACUGUGUGUGUCUUAGAACAGAGUGACCGUGUGUGUCUGUUAGAACAGAGUGACUGUGUGUCUGUUAGAACAGAGUGACUGUCUGUUAGAACAGAGUGACUCUGUGUCUGUUAGAACAGAGUGACUGUGUGUGUCUGUUAGAACAGAGUGACUGUGUGUGUCUGUUAGAACAGAGUGACUGUGUGUCUGUUAGAACAGAGUGACUGUGUGUGUCUGUUAGAACAGAGUGACUGUGUCUGUUAGAACAGAGUGACUGUGUGUCUGUUAGAACAGAGUGACUGUGUGUCUGUUAGAACAGAGUGACUGUGUCUGUUAGAACAGAGUGACUGUGUCUGUUAGAACAGAGUGACUGUGUAUGUUAGAACAGAGUGACUAUGUGUGUCUGUUAGAACAGAGUGACUGUGUGUCUGUUAGAACAGAGUGAGUGUGUCUGUAAGAACAGAGUGACUGUGUGUCUGUUAGAACAGAGUGACUGUGUGUGUCUGUUAGAACAGAGUGACUGUGUGUCUGUUAGAACAGAGUGACUGUGUGUGUCUUAGAACAGAGUGACUGUGUGUGUCUGUUAGAACAGAGUGACUGUGUGUCUGUUAGAACAGAGUGAUGUGGUCUGUUAGAACAGAGUGACUGGUGUCUGUUAGAACAGAGUGACUGUAUGUCUGUUAGAACAGAGUGACUGUGUGUCUGUUAGAACAGAGUGACUGUGUGUGUGUCGGAACAGAGUGACUGUGUGUGUCGGAACAGAGUGACUGUGUCUGUUAGAACAGAGUGACUGUGUGUCUGUUAGGACAGAGUGACUGUAUGUCUGUUAGAACAGAGUGACUAUGUGUCUGUUAGAACAGAGUGACUGUGUGUCUGUUAGAACAGAGUGACUGUGUGUCUGUUAGAACAGAGUGACUUUGUGUCUGUUAGAACAGAGUGACUUUGUGUCUGUUAGAACAGAGUGACUGUGUCUGUUAGAACAGAGUGACUGUGUCUGUUAGAACAGAGUGACUGUGUCUGUUAGAACAGAGUGACUGUGUCUGUUAGAACAGAGUGACUGUAUGUUAGAACAUAGUGACUAUGUGUGUCUGUUAGAACAGAGUGACUGUAUGUCUGUUAGAACAGAGUGAGUGUGUCUGUAAGAACAGAGUGAAUGUGUGUCUGUUAGAACAGAGUGACUGUGUGUGUCUUAGAACAGAGUGACCGUGUGUGUCUGUUAGAACAGAGUGACUGUGUGUCUGUUAGAACAGAGUGACUGUCUGUUAGAACAGAGUGACUCUGUGUCUGUUAGAACAGAGUGACUGUGUGUGUCUGUUAGAACAGAGUGACUGUGUGUGUCUGUUAGAACAGAGUGACUGUGUGUCUGUUAGAACAGAGUGACUGUGUGUGUCUGUUAGAACAGAGUGACUGUGUCUGUUAGAACAGAGUGACUGUGUGUAUGUUAGAACAGAGUGACUGUGUGUCUGUUAGAACAGAGUGACUGUGUCUGUUAGAACAGAGUGACUGUGUAUGUUAGAACAGAGUGACUAUGUGUGGUCUGUUAGAACAGAGUGACUGUGUGUCUGUUAGAACAGAGUGACUGUUGUGUCUGUUAGAACAGAGUGACUGUGUGUGUCUUAGAACAGAGUGACUGUGUGUCUGUUAGAACAGAGUGACUGUGUGUCUGUUAGAACAGAGUGACUGUUGUCUGUUAGAACAGGUGACUGUGUGUCUGUUAGAACAGAGUGACUGGUUUUCUGUUAGAACAGAGUGACUGUGUGUCUGUUAGAACAGAGUGACUGUGUGUCUGUUAGAACAGAGUGACUGUGUGUGUUGAACAGAGUGACUGUGGUCUGUUAGAACAUAGUGACUGUGUGUGUCUGUUAGAAACAGAGUGACUGUGUGUCUGUUAAAAGAGUGACUGUGUGUCUGUUAGAACAGAGUGACUGUGUGUCUGUUAGAACAGAGUGACUGUGUGUCUGUUUAGAACAGAGUGACUGUGUCUGUUAGAACAGAGUGACUGUGUGAUGUUAGAACAGAGUGCCUGUGUUGUUUAGAACAGAGUGACUGUGUGUAUGUUAGAACAGAGUGAUGUGUGUCUGUUAGAACCAGAUGACUGUGUGUCUGUAGAACAGAGUGACUGUGUGUGUCGACGGUGACUGUGUGUGAACAGAGUGACUGUGUGUGUCGUUAGAACAGAGUGACUGUGUGUGUCUGUUAGAACAGAGUGACUGUGGUGUCUGUUAGAACAGAGUGACUGUGUCUGUUAGAACAGAGUGACUGGGGUGUCUGUUAGAACAGAGUGACUGUGUGUCUGUUAGAACAGAGUGACUGUUGUGUGUCUGUUAGAACAGAUGUGACUGUGUGUCUGUUAGAACAGAGUGACUGUGGGUCGUUAGAACAGAGGGGACUGUGUUGUUGAGAACGAGUCGUGACGUGUGUGGGUCUGUUAGAAAGGUCUGUGGUGUGAGGUCUGUGUGUGUUGUUGAACAGGUGACUUUUGUGUGUGUGGCAGGGUGAUGUUUGUGCGUGUCUGUGUUGUUAGACUGCUCUGGUGUGUGGUGGUCUGCUCCUGUGUGUGGGUUUUCUGCUCCUGUGGUGUGUCUGCUCCUGUGUGUGUGUGUCUGCUCUUUGUGUUGUUGUGUGUCUGCUCCUGUGUUUGUGUGUGUCUGUCUAGUGUUGUUGUGUCUGUCCUUUUGUGGUGCUGGGUUGUCUGCCUUGUGUGUUUGUCUGCUCCUUUGUGUGUUGUCUGCUCCUGUGUGUGUGUUUUGCUGCUCCUGUGUGUUGUGUCUGCUCUGUUAGGAGUCCUGCUCCUGUGUGUUGUGUCUGCUCCUGUGUUGUAGUGUCUGCUCCUGUGUGUGUGUCUGUUGCAUCCUGUGUGGGGUGUGGUCUGAUCCUGUGGUGUGUGUGUGUUGUCUGCUCCUGUGGUGUGUGUCUGCUCCUGUGUGUGUGUGUCUGUCCGUGUGUGUGUGUGUCUGCUCCUUGUGUGUUGUCUCUCCUGUGUGUGUGUGUUGUCCUGUGUGUGUGUGUGUCUGCUCCUGUGUGUGUGUGUCUGCUCCUGUGUGUGUGUGUGUCUGCUCCUGUGUGUGUGUCGCUGUGUGUUGUCUGCUCCUGUGUGUGUGUGUGUCUGCUCCUGUGUGUGUGUGUCUGCUCCUGUGUGUGUGUGUGUGUCUGCUCCUGUGUGUGUGUGUCUGAUCCUGUGUGUGUGUGUGUGUCUGCUCCUGUGUGUGUCUGCUCCGUGUGUGUGUGUCUGCUCCUGUGUUGUGGUGUCUGCUCCUGUGUGUGUGUGUCUGCUCCUGUGUGUGGUGUGUGUCUGCUUCCUGUGUGUGUGUGUCUGUCGCUCUGUGUGUGUGUCUCUCCUGUGUGUGUGUGUUGUCCUGCUCCUGUGUGUGUGUGUGUCUGCUCCUGUGUUGUCUCUGUGGUUGUGUCUGCUCCUGUGUGUGUGUGUGCUCCUGUGUGUGUGUUGCUCCUUGUGGUGUUGUCUGCUCCUGGGUGUGUGUCUGCUCCUGUGUGUGGUGUUGUGUCUGCUCCUGUGUGGGUGGUGUCUCUCCUGUGUGUGUGUGUGUGUCUGCUCCUGUGUGUGUGUGUCUACUCCUGUGUGUGUGUGUCUGCUCCUGUGUGUGUCUGUCUGCUCCUGUGUGUGUGUGUCUGCUCCUGUGUGUCUGUCUGCUCCUGUGUGUGUGUGUCUGCUCCUGUGUGUGUGUGUGUCUGCUCCUGUGUGUGUGUGGUCUGCUCCUGUGUGUGUGUGUCUGCUCCUGUGUGUGUGUGUCUGCUCCGUGUGUGUUGUGUCUGCUCCUGUGUGUGUGUGUCUGCUCCUGUGUGUGUGUCUGCUCCUGUGUGUGUGUGUGUCUGCUCCUGUGUGUGUGUGUCUACUCCUGUGUGUGUGUGUGUGUCUGCCUGUGUGUGUGUCUGCUCCUGUGUGUGUUGUCGCUCCUGUGUGUGUGUCUGUCUGCUCUGUGUGUCUGUCUGCUCCUGUGUGUGUUGUCUGCUCCUGUGUGUGUGUGUGUGUCUGCUCCUGUGUGUGUCUGUCUGCUCCUGUGUGUGUCUGUCUGCUCCUGUGUGUGUGCUUUGUGUGGUCCUGCUCCUGUGUGGUGUGUGUGUGUCAUGCUCCUGUGUGUGGUGUGUCUGACUCCUGUGGUUUGUCUGUCUGCUCCUGUGUGUGUGUGUCUGGCUCCUUUGUGUGUGGUGUCUGCAUCCUGUGUGUGUGUGGCUGCUCCUGUGUGUGUGUGUCUGCUCCUGGGCUGUGUGUCUUUCUGCUCCUGUGUGUGUGUGGUUCUGCUCCUGGUGGUGUGUGCUCAUGUGGUCCCUGUGUCUGCUCCUGUGUGUGUUGUCUGCUCCUGUGUGGUGUGUGUAUGCUCCUGUGGGUGUGUGUCUGUCUGCUCCUGUGUGUGUGUGUCUGCUCCUGUGUGUGUGUGUCUGCUCCUGUGUGUGUGUGUGUCUGCUCCUGUGUGUGUGUGUGUCUGCUCCUGUGUGUUGUGUGUCUGCUCCUGUGGUGUGUGCUGUCCUUCAUCCUGUGUGUGUGUUGUGUCUGCUCACUGUGUGGUGUGUGUCUGCUCCUGUGUGGUUGUUGCUCACUGUGUGUUGUGUGUUUGACUCUGUGUUGUAUGGUAGUCGAAUGCUCCUGGUGUGUCGUGUCCUGCUCCUUGUGUGUGUGUCUGCUCCUGUGUGGUCUGUCUGCUCCUGUGUGUGUGUGUGUCUUGCUCCUGUUGUUGUGUGUCCUGCUUCCUGUGUGUAGUGGCCAUUUAGACUCCAUGGAGCCAAUUCACUCAUGGAGCCAUGACACUGGAGCCAAUACUCACUGGAGCCAAUCCACUACACUGUGAGCCAUUUCCAUAGACUCACUGGAGCCAAUCACACUCACUGGAGCCAAUUACACUCACUGGAGCCAAUUAGACUCACUGGAGCCAAUUACACUCACUGGAGCCAAUUACACUCACUGGAGCCAAUCACACUCACUGGAGCCAAUUACACUCACUGGAGCCAAUUACACUCACUGGAGCCAAUACACUCACUGGAGCCAAUUAGACUCACUGAGCAAUCACACUCACUGGAGCCAAUUACAACUCACUGGAGCCAAUACCUCACUGGAGCAAUCACACUACACUGGAGCCAUUCACACUACUGGAGCCAAUCACACGUCAUGACCAAUAACUCACUGGAGCCAUUACACUCACUGGAGCCAAUUACACUCAUGGAGCCAAUUACACUCACUGGAGCCAUGCUACUGAGCUUCAUCAGUGGAGCCAUUCGACUCACUGGGCUCAUAGCCUCAUCGGGAGCAAUACUCACUAGAGCCAAGGUUAACUCACUGGAGAUCUGACAUAGGCUUUAAAAUGGCUCUGUUAGUUUCUGGCUAGUGAUCUUGUGGAGUGUUUACAAGCUGCAUGUGAAAAAUGACUCCCGUAUGGUCUUUACACGCCUUACUCCCAUCAUCCGUAUAUUGCCCUCCUUCUUUGUUUGCCCUCCCUCUCUCUUCCCCCCUCCAUCUCGUCAGAAAUUUAUGAAGAUGAAAAUCAAAGGAGUUUAGCCAAGCCGCCUCCAAAUGACCCCUGACCUCACCCUGGAUCUGUCUCAAAUGUGACCAUUUUCCCAACAUAGUGCACUACUUUGGACCAGACUCCAUAGUGCUCUGGUUGAAAUGGAAUAGGGGGCCAUUUGGGACACAGACCACACACCAUAUAAUAUGACAGAGAUUUUAGUUUAAUGGAUUUGUUUGUUUGCUUUUUGGAUUUGAAUAUCAUUAAACUUCUGUUUAAUUUAACCAGAGAAACUCAGUCAGCAGAGACAAGACAUAAUGUAUGUAUAAGGAGAAAAUAAUAAAUUUGUUUUAUUAAAAACACUAUGUUGUCUGGUGGUCGGUCUUAAGAAGGGUGUCUGUUGGGGUGAAUGGCUUGAUGCAGGUUGUAGAUUGGUGUCUGUUGGGGUGAAUGGCUUGAUGCAGGUUGUAGAUUGGUGUAUGUUGGGGUGAAUGGCCUGCUAAGCGUUAUAAAUGUAACGAGUACUUUUGGGUGUCAGGGAAAUAUAUGGUGUAAAAAAUACAUAAUUUUCUUUAGGAAUGUAGUAAAGUAAAAGUAAAAGUUGUCUAAAAUAUAAAUAGUAAAGUACAGAUACCCCCCAAAAAAACUACUUAAGUAUUACUUUAAAGUAUUUUUACUUAAGGACUUUACACCACUGGUGCACAUCAUAGCAAAAUGUUUUGCGACGGCAAACAAAUCAUGAUCCUCCAUCACUGAAGAGGAAAUCAAUGAGGGGAGGAAACUAUACAGAGGAGCUUUUAGAGACAUCAACACCUGUUACUAGGACUGAGUACUGAUGAUAUAGCCGCUAUGAUGUAACAUAUCUGAGCAUAUCAGAUGUAAGGGGCUGAGGUCAAAUGUAGCGUUCCAUUGUUAAUACCUAUCCAAUCCUCUCAGAUUCACAGUAGCCUAGUGUCAAAGGCAGGAUUCUUCAAUUCUGGUCCUGGAGGGCCGAAACACCUCUGUUUUUCAUCCUCUCCUUCUAAUCAGGGGCUAAUUCAGACCUGGGACACCAGGUGAGUGCAAUUAACUACCAGGUAGAAAUAAAAAAAAACAGAAGUGUUUCGGCCCUCCAGGACCGGAAUUGAAGAACCCUGGUCUAAAGGGGUAAGGGGCCAGAGGUGGGUUAGGAAUAGACGGGCAUGCCUUCCAGUACACUGGGUCAAUCUAUUAAUAGCUGGAGGAUUGACAACUUGCACACACAUUCACGCGUACAAACUCCAUGUCUGAUGCCUCCAUGAAUGUUUUUUCUCCCAUUUGCACUUUAAGAGUUCACUUCCUUAAUUAGGGCCUGUUGCCUAGGCUACAGUAAACAGUUACGGUUGUCUGGGAAACGGCUAGCUAAACCUGAUCACCGCUUCCUCAGAUGGUUCUGAAAUUCUCCUAUAAUGUGCUCCAGAACUCCUGCAUGAGUUCUCUACGUUAGUCCCCCCUGGUCCCCCCCUGUGAUACAGUGGGGAGAACAAAUAUUUGAUACACUGCCGAUUUUGCAAAAAUCCAGAAAAUCACAUUGUAUGAUUUUUAAGUAAUUAAUUUGCAUUUUAUUGCAUGACAUUAGUAUUUGAUCACCUACCAACCAGUAAGAAUUCCGGCUCUCACAGACCUGUUAGUUUUUCUUUAAGAAGCCCUCCUGUUCCCCACUCAUUACCUGUAUUAACUGCACCUGUUUGAACUCGUUACCUGUAUAAAAGACACCUGUCCACACACUCAAUCAAACAGACUCCAACCUCUCCACAAUGGCCAAGACCAGAGAGCUGUGUAAGGACAUCAGGGAUAAAAUUGUAGACCUGCACAAGGCUGGGAUGGGCUACAGGACAAUAGGCAAGCAGCUUGGUGAGAAGGCAACAACUGUUGGCGCAAUUAUCACAAAAGCUCACAAUAUAUAACCUAUAUGCUUAUUAUGGACACAGUAUGCUUUACAUUAGUUAUCUUGUUGUUAUUAGUUGUUGUUAGUUGUUAAAAGUCCCAUCCUUCAGCUCCAUUCAACACCUCCCAUCUGUCUCUUAACACCAUCCAUAUUGGAUUUCUAUUUGCCAUAUAUUUUUCAACCGUACUGUGAUGUUUUACAAAAGUUCUGAACCUUUCUAUUCUCAUUGUUUCUACAGUUUGUGAAUUGAAAAUAAACAUCUUUGCUAAAAGUAUUAUUAUAUUAUUGAUCGAUUGACUAUGACUUUUCAGAUCACCCAGUAGUGCUAUCUGCAGUAGUGUUAAACACUAUUAUUGCAUGCAACUUAUUGUGUGACUUGUUAAGCCAAAUUUACUCCUGAACUUAUUUAGGCUUGCCAUAACAAAAGGUUGAAUACGUAUUGACUUAAGACCUUUCAGCUUUUCAUUUUUCAUUAAUUUGUAAAAAUGUUGAAAACGUAAUUCCACUUUGACAUUAUGGGGUAUUGUGUGUAGGCCAGUGACACAACAUGUCAAUUUAAUCAUAUUUUUAAUUCAGGCUGUAACACAACAAAAUGUGGAAAAAGUCAAUGGGUGUGAAUCCUUUCUGAAGGCACUGUAUAUCAGAAAAUAUUCAAACAUUCCAUUGAAACAAUGCAGUCAAUCCACAGUCAUACACUGGCUGAAAUCAGUUGAUGAUAGGACUAAGUUGUAAAUGCAACAAGCACUGAUAAUGUAUCAUAUGACAGCACUCACAGCUUUCCAAGAAAACAAACACGUUGACAUUUAUGGUCUGUUUACACUGAGUUUAAAACAUACCUGCUCUUUCCAUGAUAUAGACUGACCAGGUGAAUCCAUGGGCUCUUAUUGAUGUCACCAGUUAAAUCCACUUCAAUCAGUGUAGAUGGAGGGGAGGAGACGGGUUAAAGAAGGAUUUUAAAGCCUUGAGACAUGGAUUGUGUAUGUGUCCAAUUCAGAGGGUGAAUGGGCAAGACAAAAGAUUUCAGUGCCUUUGAACGGGGUAUGGUAGUAGGUGCCAGGCGCACCGGUUUGUGUCAAGAACUGCAACGCUGCUGGGUUUUUUCACGCUCAACAGUUUCCCGUGUGUAUCAAGAAUGGACCACCACCCAAAGGACAUCCAGCCAACUUGACACAACUGUAGGAAGCAUUUUAGUCAACAUGGGCCAGCAUCCCUGUGGAAUGCUUUCAGCACCUUGUAGAGUCCAUGCCCCGACGAAUUGAGGCUGUUCCGAGGGCAAGGGGGGGGGGGAAGGUGUAUAUUAUUACAUAUAAAUGGUAUAGAACCCAUAUAAAUGGUAUUUAUAAUUAUAUGACAAUAUUUUAGAUUCUAUUACACAAUUUCUGAUAUAUGACAUGCCUUUUAUUUUCCUGCGUUAGUAAAAUCAUUGAUUCCAAUUAGACUGGUUUGGAUUUCUCCCUGACCAAUAUGGCUGCCAUUUUCACCCCCCCAUUCUGGAACUUUGAGGGUUGAUGACAUUUCCCCUCUAGUGUUUAACAGGAUAUCUAUGGUUUUAGCUAGCCACCGUCGCCAUGACAUCACCUACAAGCGUGAUGGGGGAUUUCUAUUGGAGAAUCAGUUUCUGCAUAUCUUCACACUGUACUGUCAUGACAUGCUCUUGUUGUGGUUAUUCUGACCAAACAUAAUAGCUUAGCCUUUAGCAUUAGACACGUCUCAUGGAAAAGCUGGCCUGGAAUAAGACAGUUUGUUUUAGUUUGCUGUUGCAGUUUUUAGGCAGCUAGGUGGCGCCCACUGCUUGACUGAGGCUAUGGAAGAGCAAGAGGAAGAGAGAGGAAAAAGUGAUAGGAGGAAAUGUAGAGAUUUCCUUUGGGCCCGCAGGGUGUGACCCUGGAGCUGGGGGGUAGUCCUAAGAUA